UGCAACUGAAAGUGAACAGCAUUACCUCCGUUUUGCCAGAUUCCCAGCCAAGUUAAACUACACGUCAGUAGGAAACCUGUACUGGUGACUGGACGUGUGCAGUGCGCGUCAGGCGGUUCCCGGAUGCACCAAACAGAAACAUGGAACGGGUAGUGGUGGAAGUGCCGAUCAACAACGGUUUUUCUCUUGCCGGCCCCUCCACAACCCCACGAAAGCGUCAGGUGCGUUUUUCGGCACGGCAUGACAUCAUCCUUCUGAGGGAGGUUAUCGCCCAGAACCCCUUUGCCUCCAAAGAGCCAGGACGGAUCUGGGCCCGUGUGGGGGAGAUCAUCACUGCAGCCCUUCAAGAUGAAAACUUUGAGGUGGAUGCCAGGAGGUGCAGGGAGAGGACCAUGCUUUUGCUGGACUACUACAAGAAACAAGACUUUCCCAGUCUGCGCAGAUUUGGAACAGAGAGGUUGUACGCCCAAAAGGAAGAUCUGCUCCAUGAGGUUUUGGAGCUGGAGGCUGAGAAGGGGCUUCUAGCCAGCGGGGAAAACACAAAGUACCAGGAUGAUGAACUGAGAAAGCGAGCCAUAGAAGAACUAAGUCUACCAGAGCAGGACAAACCCAACAUCACCAUCACACAACCCACUGCAGCAGAACCAGAGGAAGACCGUGAGGAAAUGGCACAGCUUUCAGCGGCGCCCAUGGCCAAGCAGCCCUGCCAGUGCUGCUGCCAGACCUACUCUGAGAUUCUCAGCUUCCUGGAGAAACGCUCAGAGGCGGAGCAACGGCUACGAGAGGAGGAACUUGCCCUGCGCCGGGAAGAGCUGGAGAUUCAAAGGAGUAAGAUCGCUCUGGAGAGGGAACGUCUGGGAGCUGAGAGAAAAGAGAGGGAACGGAGAUUUGAGCUGGAGAGCCAAGAGAGGCAGGUCAUCUUGGAUCUGCUAAAAGAAAAGGUGCUGAAAAGCUGAAAACUGUAUCACCCGCAAUUUAAUGCCAUCUUUUAAAGCAUGAAAUCGGGAAACAACAUAGUUGACCGCUUAAACGAGGAAGGAAACCAAGGAAACAGGAAGUAAAAAGAUCAAUGGUUGUAGGGUGUUACAUGCAGGUUAUUGUAAAAUAACUAAACAAAAUGGAGGGCGGUAAGCAGUUGCCACAACAGCCAAACAAAUGAGUAAUGUUAGGAGUGUCUGGGUGUAUGCAGGCAUGUAUUGUGUGUGUGGUGCACAAAGUACCAAAAAUACAUUAACCUGCAGACAGUGUUUAAAAGCUGCAAUAAUUUCCUAAACCAGCUGCACAAAGCUGACCCAUAUAGAUCCCAGUAGACACCUCAUGGCACAGUCUGAAUGGGGAUUUAAAAGUGCUGCAAUUGCUGGAGUGUCACCUAAGAAAUGGUAUGCAGAAAAGGGUGUGUGUGCGGUGUCUUAGGUGUGGUCAUUGACCAAGCCAAAACUGGAAGACAUGCAGGAUCACUGUUGCACCAAUUAGUCCUGUUCACACCAAGGGACACCAUUAUUUGUGGUGCCAGGGUGAAAGAAAUCGAGGAACAACUAAGAAAAGAUGUAUCUUCAAGUAGUUCACAAUAAAGUUAUGGUGCAGCUCAAGCUUUUGAAAACCCUGUAGCAUUUACCAUAUUAAUGGCUUCACACAUGCUAGAUUCAGCCACUUGUUUUUCAAUUAGAAUUUUUUUUUAAUUAAAAUAGAAGUAAAACUAUAUUUUACUGACUGUGAAUCCACUGUACAGAGAGCACUUUUGUACUGCAAAUGAUACAAGCCAUUACGUGGGUGUCCAUAUUCUAUAGAUUAUACAGAAACAACUUUUUUUUAACUGAUGUUAGUGUCACAACUGUUGUACACUAAUUUUGCUAUAAGAUAGUUAUUAGUCAAAUGUAUGUCCUCAGUUUAAUUUGUUGUACCCAGAUACAGUUAACUGUCAUUGGUUAAAGUUACAAUAUCACAUUAACAUGGAAUUCAAGACAGGACACUUUUUAUUACAUGUUCCACUGAUUUAUUCAACACAUUCUCACUCCCAUCUCGUAAAAUACGGAUGCUUGGUCAGGUGCCUUUGGCGU